AUGGACAAGCAGAAGCGGUUUGUGCUCAUUCAUGGGCUCUGCCACGGCGCUUGGACUUGGUACAAAGUGAAACCACAGCUGGAGGCGGCAGGGCACUGUGUAACAGCAGUUGAUCUAGCUUCGUCGGGUAUAAACAUGACCAGAUUGGAAGAAAUUCAGACUUUGGAAGAUUACUGCAAACCAUUGCUUGAGUUUCUGAGCUCGCUUUGCUCAGAUGAAGAAAAGGUGAUUCUUGUUGCUCAUAGCAUGGGAGGUAUAAGCGCUGCACUUGCUGCUGACAUCUUCCCUUGUAAGGUUGCUGCUAUUGUCUUCUUGACAAGUUUCAUGCCUGACACAAGAAACCCACCUGCUUAUGUGUACGAAAAGGAUCUUGAAUUGGCGAAAACGUUGGUGAGGGCAAACCCCUUGGUUACAAACAAUCUGGCAGGGACAAAAAGCUUUAGUGAGGAAAGGUACGGAUCUGUUAUACGUAUCUACAUCAUAUGCGGAGAGGAUAAUGCGAUACCAGAGGAUUACCAGCGUUGGAUGAUCAGCAAUUUUCCUGUAAACGAAGUAAUGGAGAUCAAAGAUGCAGAUCAUAUGGCAAUGUUCUCCAAGACUCAAGAACUAUGUGCUCGUCUCUUGGGGAUUGCUGAUAAAUAUGCGUAA